AUGGCCACAGCCACAGAUUUCGCUUCCCUCAGUGUCAACUCGACCGAUCCAAGGGACAAAAAGGUCGUCAUCAGGCAGCUCACUCCCGACAUUGUCACAUUCUCUGUCCCCUUCACUCGUAUGGGCGUUCUCCCAAUCGGCGGACGCACUACUGCUGUCCGUCUCUCCCGACCUGCCAAACCUACAGUAACAGCCGAUUCCAUUCAACCCUCUCCUCAAUCCGGCGAUGGGGACGACGUGUUCGUAUACGCAUCGCACCCACUGACUGCUGCUACAAAGGAAGCGUUGGCAAAGAUGGGGACGGUGAAGUGGCUGGUAACGCCUGAUGGCGAGCAUGGAAUGUAUAUCCAGGAAUAUGUGGACUAUUAUCCUGCUGCUCAAGCUAUUGGGGUCGAGCGUCACCUUAAAGAGAAGCCCGCUAUCCAGUGGGCCGGCCUGUUUGGUCCGAAUAGCGACGGCAGCACCAAGAAGUAUGGAUUCGAGCCAGAAAUCAGCCUGCACGAGGUAUAUGCGCACGUCAACCACGAGUUGACUGCGAUUCAUCACCCAUCAGGAACGUUCAUCGAAGGAGACAUGCUGUUCAACUUGCCGCCCAAGGAGCAGUAUACUAGGGCUGGUGGACUGCCCAAACUGUUUGGGCUCUUUGGGGGUGGAACUAGUCUGAGUCCCGGUGGGAUUGUGCACGCUAGAAUGGCCAACGGCAUCGCAAAGGAUAAGGAGCUUCUCAAGAAAGAGUUAGCACCUAUCAACGCGGCCAAGUGGGACAGGCUCAUCCCUUGCCACGGUGAUGUGAUCGAGACCGGAGGCAAGGUAGCUUGGGCCAAGGUCUGGAGCCAGUACUCGUAG